GUUGUGCUUAAAGAUGUCAUCGGGACUGGUGAGAAUCCGUGAACCCAGUGGAGCCGAAGGUCUUCCCCCUGUGCUCUUUAAUCUUGAGGACAAUCUGCUGAAAGCUUUAGCCAAUUUGGCUACAGAGGAGCUCAGCGGUUUGUGCAUUUACUCUGCUUCUGGCUGUGGUCUCCGGGACAGCCGUCCUGUAGGGACCGGUGUCAACCUGCUGAUGGCGCCGUACCAGAGACGGAGAGCCGUGAACGCCGCCGGGCUGCUGGCGCGGAGGAGCAGAGGCAUCCGGGAUGCUGCGACCAUCGACAGAAACAACCUGAAGAUCCUCCGAGCUGUCCUCCUCCAGGACAACAGAAAUUUCCUUAAAGUUUGGAGCAAGACCUCAAAAUCCACAAUAAUGUAUGAGAAUGGCAAAAUCUACUUUGAAAAUUACCAGAACUGCUACAGCUGUGUUCAUUCAGAGCCUCAACUUCUUUACAAACUGCCUAAGAGGUCGAAACUGGAGAAAUUUGAAGAUGCCUUGCUGUGUCUGAGCCCACUUGACAAAACGUUAGCCUCCCCCUCUGAUCAGAAACCCAGCCUCUUGGUUUUGACUGCCGAUAACUGGCUGUAUCGCCUUUCAGCUGAAACGGGAGAAGAGCUGCAGAGAGUUUACCUCUCUUCAAACCAUAAGUUUAGGUAUCUUGGCUGGGAUGUUUCUCAAGAGAUGUUUUAUGUUAAAUCUGUUCAAAACAAAGAAACAUCUUUAGAACGACAGGCAGGUAUCACUCAGAACACAGUGAUGCACCUGGCCAUCUUUCAUGUUUUCCCCUUGCGAGUCGUGGGCAUUUUGGAGAUCAACAAAAAAGUAUUUGGAAACGGUGUUACCGAUGUCAUUCUGUCUCAGGGUGUCCUUGUGGUGUCUUACAGCAACAAGUCAGUGAAGCUGUACAGCUUUGAGCACAUUAUCCAAAGGUACUUGACAGAGAAGCUGACGCUUGGACAGCAGUGCUCACUUCUAGGAGGCAAAACAGUGGGAGAUGUGCCGUUUGGUAUUCCAGUAAAUAUCCAGAUCACAGAUUGCCCUCCAGUGCUUUUCGAGGUGUCAUGCUCUGAUAGGAGUAUCCAGAUUGGAGGCUACCCAUGGCAUUACAUCUACACACCCCCAACUAAAAGACACAAGGGUUGUCACCACAUCUGUUCACUCAAGGACAGCACUAUGGCAACAAAUGGAAUACAAAACAUGAACUGCUGCUCUCUGGAGAGUGAUGAGAUCUCCUUCCACCCCGAUGACUCAGGGAGAAUCAUUCACGUUGGACCAAAUAUCAUAAAUGUCCUAAAGAUCCUCGGUGAACUGGACAGUGGUUCAGCAUCACAGAUAGUAAAAGAUUUUUCCAUGGAGACCCAUCAAAACAACACUUCUACCUCACAAUUCACCGUCACCUCAUCAGGCCGCACAGUGAAGAGAAGAUUUAAUCAGCUGGAUGAUGACCCAGAUCAAGAGACUUUCCGUAUGCUGGAAUAUGAGGAUGAGCUGGACCUUUUGGCAGCUGUGGUGACUAAUGGUGAGGAGGGGGAAGGAAGAGCCCACAUCCAACUGCAUGACAACCAGAGCGGGCAGUUACUGCGAACGGUUGAACUGGAUGAACCUUGGGAUGAGACUUAUCGACAUGAGCUGUUCUUCAACAAAGACACAAUCGUUCAUAUUGAACAAAAGAACACAAACUUCUGCUGCCACGUGUACAAACUCAACGCUGUCAGGAAACAAGUGGCACAGAAGUGAAUUAAGCUCCUGGAAAGCACUUCCUCUCACAGAUUAUGUAAAUAUUUGUUUAUGACUUGUGUUUUUGUACAACUUUUCUGUAAAACUGUAAAAUAAUGCUGUUUU